AGUGAGUGCAUGCUUAAAUACUGUAUAGCAGGCUACAUGACCAAAGACCAUGCCAAGUAAAGGUGGAGCAGCGACAGCGUGGCAAGAUUCUUAUCGAUUGUUUUUAGAAUCUACGCAUUGUUAUGCUUAACAUUCGGGAACGAACGUCAAGAUUCUGAAAAAAUGCUAUUUGAGAGAAAACCUGGCGUCUCUCGUUCUCGUAUGCAUAUGAGAAAAUCGUCGUGGAGUUCAUGUGUCUUAUUCGACGAAGUGGCAAUGUUUAGAGCUUGCGGAGGGGCAGCCCUUUGGAGUAUGGCUGAAUAUUUACUGUAAUAGUUAGUCAGAUGUAAAGCAUAGGUUGAACGAGAAAAUAGACAGAGACCGUGCGUCAGACACGUGCUGAAUGUAGCCUACAGGGGCCGGUUACCCUCUGGAUUUCUUUUCUCGCUAUAAUACAAAGUAGCGGCUCCAAAGGAUGCAGGUGAAAAAACAGAGGGGCUCGGACACGAGCACUGGAGAGGGUACCCGUAAAAAGUCAUCAUGCUUCUCAAACAUCAAGAUAUUUUUGAUAUCGGAAUGUGCCCUGAUGUUGGCACAGGGCACUGUUGGAGCCUACCUGGUGAGUGUCCUGACCACCCUGGAGCGACGAUUCAACCUCCAAAGUGCCGAUGUGGGUGUGAUCGCCAGCAGCUUUGAGAUUGGCAAUCUAGCUCUUAUCCUAUUCGUCAGCUACUUCGGGGCCAAAGCAAACCGGCCAAGGUUGAUUGGCUGUGGGGGUAUCGUCAUGGCGCUAGGAGCUCUUCUGUCAGCACUGCCAGAGUUUCUAACCAACCAAUACGAGAACAAGCCAGGGCAGACAUGGAGGACUGAGGUGGGCAGGAAUGGGUGCGCCAACAGUACCAGGAAUGGUGGGCAAUAUAUAGAGGAGUUGUGUUCCAACAAGGCAAACACCAACAUGAUGUACCUGCUGCUGAUUGGGGCCCAGAUGCUGCUGGGGAUUGGAGCCACCCCAGUUCAGCCCCUGGGUGUGUCCUACAUAGACGACCAUGUGAAGAGGAAAGACUCCUCUCUGUAUAUAGGGAUCGUCUUCUCUACUUUGGUGUUUGGGCCUGCCUGUGGUUUCCUCCUGGGGUCCCUCUGCACCAAGUUCUAUGUGGACUUCCUCUUCAUCGACACCAGUAAGCUGGACAUCACUUCUGAUGACCCUCGGUGGAUCGGAGCCUGGUGGGGGGGCUUCCUCCUGUGUGGUGCCUUGCUCUUCUUCUCAUCCCUCUUCAUGUUUGGCUUCCCCCAAACCCUGUCAGACCGAGAGAAGGACAGGGACGGUGGAGGGGAGAGUGAGCAGGCCAUGCUCCCCUCUACCUCUCUGCCCCUGGACUAUAAUGAGAUGCCCAAGUCAAGCAACGGGGCCGUACACAAUAACCAUGAGCCUGUCAACGGCCCCACCUGCUUUCAGCAGCUCAGAGUGAUCCCUAAAGUGACCAAGCACCUCCUGUCCAACCCAGUGUAUACCUGCAUCACGCUGGCUGCCUGUAUGGAGAUUGGUGUAGUGGCUGGCUUCGCUGCCUUCCUGGGGAAGUACCUGGAGCAGCAGUUUAACCUCACAACCUCUUCAGCCAAUCAACUACUAGGUAUGACGGCCAUCCCCUGUGCUUGUCUGGGGAUAUUCCUGGGGGGGCUUCUGGUCAAGAAGCUGAACCUCUCAGCCCUGGGGGCCAUUCGCAUGGCCAUGCUGGUCAACCUGAUCUCCACCGCCUGCUACGUCUCCUUCCUCUUCCUUGGCUGUGACACAGGGCCUGUCGCUGGGGUGACCGUCCCCUAUGGCAACGAGACACUGCGGGUGGGCGAGAAACCAGAGGUCCCCUGCAUGAGUAACUGUAACUGCUACACCUCCUCAGUCAGCCCAGUGUGCGGCUCCAACGGAGUCACCUACCUGUCCUCCUGCUUUGCAGGCUGCACUACAACAGUGAGCACAGGCAUCUACCCCCCUCCGGCUCAGAAUUUGACAGGGUGUACAUGUAUAUCCAGUGACAGUGAGAUGGCCACAGCUGUCCCAGGGAAGUGUCCCAGUCCAGGCUGCCAGGAGGCCUUCCUCACCUUCCUCUGUGUCAUCUGUGCCUGCUGUAUGAUCGGCUCCAUGGCUCAGACACCCUCCGUCAUCAUCCUCAUUAGGACUGUGAGCCCUGAGCUGAAAUCAUAUGCUCUUGGAGUUUUGUUUCUCUUGCUGCGACUACUUGGAUUCAUCCCCCCUCCUCUGAUCUUUGGUGCUGGGAUUGACUCAACUUGCCUUUUCUGGAGUACAGAGUGUGGGGAUAAGGGAGCCUGCCUGCUGUACGACAAUAUCGCCUACAGACAUCUGUAUGUGAGCCUGGCCAUUGGUCUUAAGGUCACCGCCUUCAUUCUAUACACCACUACCUGGUACUGUUUACGCAAGAACUAUAAGAAAUACAUCAAAAAUCAUGAGGGCUAUACGACGCCAACCGAACUGUUCCCCUCCAGUCUCACAAUGGACAACAUGAAGGAUGGGAGUCAGAACCCAAACAGGACAACGUUUAUAUACAACCUAGAGGACCAUGAGUUGUGCGAAAACAUGGAGUCGGUUUUAUAGUUUCUGAACCAUCCAAAGGACUAUCUGCUACAUUCAUUAUUAAAUAAGAUCAUAAAUGACGAUCAUCCUCCUUUAUAUUUUUUUAAUUAAACAUUAGAAUGUUUUCUAUCUGAAGUCCUAUACAGGCCCUGGAAGACUGUUGCUGCUCUCUUCUCCUUGGUAACUUUUGAUAGAGGCCAUUUUGUUUGUAGAGGUAUUAUCAGCAAGGGUAUAGUUCAGUACCAGUGAACUCUGUUGUGAUUGUUAGUAGAAGACAACUACUGUCUGGCUCUGUCCUGCUCCUAGGUGAUUAGAUGGUCAAUAUUAUGCUACUGUUAUAGGCGCCAUACUUCUACCCACUCGAGUAUAACAUGGAUCCAGUCACUAAAAAUGACAGGACAUGUUUGGUCAGUUUCACUAUGUGUUACAUUUCGUUCCCUUCCACCAUGGAACCAAGACAUAAAAUGAUAGGACGUUUCUCCACGUUGCCAAGAAUAUAUAAAUAAAGAGAUGUGUCAUUCUGUGUUGCGUAAUAUACGUUUUAUUUUGAUGAAACAAACAGAGAGCUUUCUCAUGUACUAUAUAGUGGAGAAAGUAGAGCGCUUCUAUAGGACGAUGGUCUAACGUUACUGUAUGCAUUCAGUGUCAGAAUGAAGUUCAGUGGUAGUAGCUGAAAUGGUGUUAAUGUCAGCAUACACUGUACAAAAACAGUACUCUUACUGGAACACAGACACUGUUUACGACUAUAAACAUAGAAUUGAGUUUGUCUUUCUAUGGGUUCAAAUGUUAUAUUAUUCAUAUACAUUUCUAUCAUUGUGAAAGAGAUAAAUCUGUCUUUUUGCAGAGUCCUUUCUGAAUGUUGUAAACGUUUCUUUUCUUUUCUAUUUACAUGUUUUAUUUGCUUAGUUUAUUUAACCCUAAUAUGUCUUAAUAUGAGGGAUUAUCCAGAUAAGAAGUAUUAUUUAUGUUUUGAGGGGGGCUUUUGCGCCAUAGUAGAAAAGCAAAGAUUGGAAAAUCAACAUGUCUUUCUGUGUGUGUUAUAAUGACAUCUCUUCAAGCUAAACAAUGAAGAUUCAAGUUUAUAUAUUUGUACUGUAUAUGUGAGGUUCAGAAUGUUGUAUUAGAAUUAACUAAACUGAGAUGAUAAUAUAGAAAUUUGAGAUUUAAUUAUUUAAAAAAUGUUUAGUUGUGAUAUGCAUCACACAUAAAAUGGGAGCCAAUGUCAUAACAAGAGAGGAAUAAGAAACAAAGUUCAAAGCCAACUACACCAGUGCUUUGCGUAGGGCAGAGCAGAACUGCUUGUUACCUCAGAGCAUGCAGAAUCUGCAUGUGAAGUCACACAAAAGGUACUGGGAGUAAUUUAUAUGCAAUGGCUGAUAAUCCUACAACAAGGUAAUAGGCAUUCUUAUUUUGUUAUCCCUUGACAUAUUUUUUUGAAGACCCUCAAGGCCUGAUGGCACAGCUAACUUCUUUUACAGUUUCUCUACAGCAAAAGUUUUAGCAUUGUCCCUUUUCUUACACUUUUUUGUAUGGCAAAAUAUAAUUUAUUUUACUCUGGAAAUAAAAUUAUUUUUUAGAAAAUAAUCCAGACAUGGUGUCAUUUUCACUGUAUUUCUUUACAGGGAAAAUAUCAAAUCAAAUGUUAUUAGUCACAUGUGCCGACUACAACAGUGAAACGCUUACUUACGAGCCCCUAACCAACAAUGCACUUUAAAAAAAUAUGGAUAAGAUUAAGAAAUAAAAGAACAAGUAAUUAAGAGCAGCAGUAAAAUAACAAUAG